CUGUAAAAGCAGUAGUCGCAACAAAUUAACUGAUUAUAUACGAACAUUUUUAUGUUAUAUUUAUUAUAUUAUGUUGUAGAAUUGAGAGAGUAAAGAAAAAUCUAUAUAAAUUUUGAUUUUUAUAAAUAACCCCUCCCACCUUGCUUUCUUGGUUUCAAAAUCCAACGAACCCUGGAGGAGGAGCAUGUUCAAACAUUGCAACAAUUUGCAGCAGUUUAAACGGAUCCAAUGCAGACAGCGAGUGCAGAUCCAGAGCCCACUCUAGAAAGCCUCGAGAGACGCCAACCAAACAUUUGGGUUCUUGAGGAGUUUGCCCAAAAUAUGGCCGAGAACAUAACCCAGUCGUUUCUAAGCCAAAUGGAAAUGGUGGAACCUGAGGUGGACUGCAGAUUUAAUGAGAACCAGGAGAUGUUAGCUGAAGAGUUAGCUGAAGAGUUAGCCUCAGCAGUGGUCGAGGAUGCUCUGAGGGAAGUGUGUGGAGGCCAAAGUGUUGAAGAUCAACCAAAGGGUUCAAGAGCAGCUUGGGUAAAGAAGGAUGGACUUAUGGGCAUCCAGACGUCCAAGCACACAAAGCCCUGCCCCUUCCCUCUGUCCCAGUCAGGGUUCCCCAUCGUGGGAUCCCUCGACUACCCCGACGCCCCGCCCACCACGCCUCUCCUCCCCGAGCUCGAGAGGAGCAGACACAGUUUUGCCAGGAAGCUUAAAGGAGGCUUGGCGACGGUUUUCCUGCCUUCACCUCCUCCGCCGACCCCAAAAGACAAAGACAACGACUUGGACGAAGCCACCAACGACCCCCAGGUGGAGCUAAUGGAGCAUCUCAUGCACUCGCUGUCCACACAUGAUUCGGCAAGAGACUAUUUUGCAGUAGGAGCCAAUAUGGAGGCUUUUGCAGAGGCUCUUUCCUGUGACAUCAUCGACUGGGUCUUGAGUGACAGGAAACAGACGGCCGACGAUAGCGAUCUUCAUCUACUGGCCCACAAGCUGGCAGAAACUAUCAUCACCUCCUCGCUUGUUGAAGCUAAAAUGCUUGACUAGUAUCUCAAUAACACAAAAUGACUAAAAAAAGACACAAAAUGACUAAAAAAGACACAAAAUGACAAAAAAAAGACACAAAAUGACCAAAAAAGACACAAAAUGAGAUGACAGAUUGACAAAAUAAAACCCACAGAAGACACAAAAUGACAAAAAAGACACAAAAUAACUAAAAAAAUAAGCAAAAUGACUAAAAAAAGACACAAAAUGAC